AUGAAUGAUCCUUGUGUAGCCUUUGUGGCGGAAGCUCAGAGCUUGUUGUCGGUAGAUAAGGUUACUUUAUCGGCUAUUCCCGCACGUAAUUGUACAGAGCUUCCUUCUGCCAAAUUAUUUCUUAAAUCGCGUCCUUUAGGCGUGUAUUCCUGCGCAAGAGUAAAAGGUCUGGCUGAGAAGUCUGAUGAGCAGCUACCUGCUAGCGUUGUUAGAUGGUCUUUCCACUUGCAGCGGCUUUGCGAUGGUAUCACUAGGUUAACUAGCGACUUCAACCAAGAUACUUUAAUACUAGAUAAUCUUAAGCUGGUGACACAAUUACUGGCGACCACUGUAGUGACGAAGUGGCUUGCGGUCGAUGCUCGAGACGGAAUGCUAUCGGUACUCUGGUAUCCACGUUUAGACAGAAACGACUUUGGUGUAGCCAUUCACAUCUGUCCAAUGCCUACGCCAACGUGUAUUGCAUCGACAGUAUUGGUAUAUGGGGAGGGACGUGUCAACGCUCGAUUGAAACAUACGCAGUGGAUUGAGGAUCGUGUACCGAUCGAGAAAUACGCAGCAGAGCUAGCAAAGAUGCGAGGCGAGUCCAUUCAGGAGGUAAUACUGAGUAAAUGUGGACCAGGAGGUGAUCGAUUAUUACUAGAGGGACUAGUAAGCAACUUUUUCGUCGUGAAAGAUGGUGCAGUGUACACUGCGGAUGAAGGUGUGUUACAAGGUAGUACGAGGGAAUUGGUACUCAAAGCAUGCGCAGAUCUAAAAAUUCCGGUGAUUUUGGAGGCACCAAAACUUUCUGAACGGAAGUUGUGGCAGGCAGCAUUCGUUACAAGUGUCGUUCGCGUAGUUAUCGAUGUCUCGUGGAUAUUAUUUGAUGGUAAAAGCCAAAACGAUAUUUCGACAGCACGUAUUCCAAGCGACAGUGGCUAUACUCGAAGAAUCCGAGAGCAAGUUGUAAAACUACACUUUCACCUUAAGUGA